UGAGUAGGAAAAGAGAGAGAGAGAGUUCAGAGUGUGUGUCUCCUGGGAAGAAGCACACAGUCAAUAUCCAGGUCUCCAGUAAACAUCUAUGAGUCUCCACUAUAAAGCUGCUGUGCUACUGCUUGGAACCACGGAGCAAAGGCAAAACUAUCUGCUUAUAGUUGAGCUCCAGCAUAGAACAGUAGCUGGUUGCAGUGUCCACAGCCUGUCAGGAGUUUAAGUAUUUAGAUGCUGAAAAGAGGCGGGACAAAGUGAAAAGAGAUCAACCAACUGGACAGAAAAUGACAGCUGCAGCAGGUCAGGAACUUGACGAGCGAUGUUUCCUGUCAGCGCAGUCAAUGCCUAGUCUGAAGGUAUCCGAACACUUCCAGGUGGUAAAGCUCCUAGGAGAGGGAUCCUACGGCAAGGUCAUGUUAGCUGUACACAGAAAAAGAGGAACCCCUAUGGCUCUGAAGUUCUUCCCUCGUCAGUCUACCUCGCUCUUGUCUUUCCUGCGUGAAUACAAUCUCUCCCUUUCUUACUGCACCCAUCCUUCUCUGACACGGGCCCUUGGCAUCUACUUUUCCACACCGUCCUACUAUGUCUUUGCCCAGCAAGCUGGUCUAUAUGGAGACCUCUACAGUGUGAUAGUGUCAGAGGUCGGGGUGGAUGAAGAGUGUGUCCAGAGGGUGAUGUCACAGCUGAGCGGUGCCGUUACACAUCUCCACUCUCUGGGCUUCGUGCACCGUGACAUCAAACCUGAGAACAUCUUCCUGUGUGACAGUUCCUGCCGCUGGGUCAAACUGGGUGACUUUGGCCUCUCCCGGGCCAUCGGCUCCACUGUCCGUGCUGUCUGGUACGAGUCGCCCUUCUGCACUCCUGAGGUGGAACCUGUCAAGGAGGCGGAGAAGGAGAUGGAGAGGAGGGAGUGCGAUGGGACUGAAGAGGAGAUGGAGGAUAUUUGGAUAACAGUGGAGCCCUGUAUUGACAGCUGGGCCCUUGGUGUACUCGUCUACUGUCUCUUAACUGGCUGCUUCCCCUGGGAGGAGAGCACCAGUGAUGAUCGUGGCUACCGCAGAUACAAGGAGUGGUUUGAACGUGAGGCUGAAAAUGAGCAGAAGAUUGGAGAUGGUGAGUGGAGGAGUGAGGAGGAAACUGACUGUUACACAAUAAUGAGGGAAAACCAAAGGGACAACCCUCCACCUCCACAGUUUGAGGGCCUCAGCCCACUAGUGAUGACUCUUUUCAAGGAGCUGCUCCACCCUGAACCCAAACACAGAGGAAGCCCCGAGGAGAUCCUGAGCUACCUGGGAGGGCCAUGGCUCAUGGAGACAGAGAGAGAGGAGAAGAGGAAGGCAGACGAGGCAGAGAGGGAGGCUAGAAAAAUAAGAGAGGAAGGAGGGGUAGCAGAAGAGCUGGUGAGGGAAGGAAGAGGGGAGAGAUGAGCUUUAAAAUCGUUUUAUUGGAUAUAACAUGUUUGAUAUUAUGCUGCAAUGUAUUUUUGUGUAUAAUUGUAGAUUUAAAUGGAAUACAAAUGUGUACGCUCUACGGUGCUGUAUUUUUCAUAUUUUUUAUAACUUUCCUAAGUUAAGUUACCACUUCCAUUGUUGUAUAUAUUCCAGUGUGAGUGUGUAUAUACCUGUAUGUAUGUGUGUUUUAAUGGAAGUUUAAUAAUACAAGAAAAGUUUGAUGUUUGAAAUUACAAGCUGUAUCAUAGAGCCUUCAAAACGUUGUAUUGGAAUUGCUGUCUAAAUGAAAUAAACACAUUUUAGUUACCUUAA